AUGGCAAUUCCAGAACCGGCACCGAGCCAACGAAUAUGUCGGAGACACAAACUGCCAGCGUCGCUCAUGCGUGCGGGCACAUCCAGAGGCCUCUUCAUUCACCGGAAAUAUCUGCCUGCCUCUCAAGACGAUUGGAAGCCGUGGAUUCUAGCCGCCAUGGGGUCUAAGAACAACGAUGCAAGGCAGAUUGACGGUGUGGGUGGUGCCACUUCCACGACGUCGAAGGUAUGCGUUGUUUCUCCUUCCACGAGGCCGGGUAUCGACGUCGACUAUACCUUUAUACAAGUCGCCGUUGGAAAGGAAAGCCUAGAUUUUAGCGGAAAUUGUGGAAACAUGGCUAGCGGUAUUGGUCCUUUCGCAGUCGAAGAAGGGCUUGUCAAGGCGCAGCCUGGAAAUCCGCAGCUCGACAUUUCGAUAUACAACACCAAUACUGGGAAACGGCUGAUUGAGACCGUGGAGAUCGAUGAAGAGGGCCACUAUUUCGACGAGGGUCAAUACACAAUGCCAGGAGUCAAGACACCGGGGAGCGAAGUCAAGGUCGCUUUCGUGGACCCUGCAGGAAGCAUGAGCGGAGCAUUGUUUCCAACUGGUCUUCGAGAGGAGCAAUUGGUGGUUGCCAGUCCCCGAAACGGAGUGCUUCCUUUCCAGGUGUCGGUCAGCCUAGUGGAUGCGGCCAACCCUUUCGUGCUGGUUGAUUCACUCUCGAUGCCUGGCGGACUCACUGUUGGCUCCGAUACUUACCUAGACCUUGUCGAAGAUAUUCGGAGAGCAGGCGCAGUCCAGAUGGGUCUGGCAACGGACAUAGGUUCAGCGGCACAGGUGAAGGGCACACCGAAGCUUGCUUUUAUAUCCGCUGCUCAACCUUCUACGGAUGGACAUCGCCCAACCGACGUAUUUGUUGCAGCGAUGAGCAUGCAGAAGCCUCACCCUAGUCUACAGCUGACUGGAGCUGUGUGCAUUGGCGCGGCGGCCUGUAUGCCAGGCACGGUAGUUUCCAAGGCGGCUGAAGGCAGUCAGCGACUGAGCGGUCUGCUAACACCAGAUGGGUCUGAGGGUUCGGGCGCCGAGAGUGAUGACUCUGGGAAAAGCGACUUGAUCACUGAACGCAACGAAUCUGGGUUAUUUGGGCCGAAUAAGCGGAAGAUACGGCUUGCGCAUGCAAGCGGCCAGAUUGAGGUCGAAGUCAAGCUACGCAUGGGCUCGGAGGGUGAGAUGAUGGUAGAGAGUUGUAGUGUCUCACGGACCGCACGCAAGAUCUUCGAUGGCCAAGUAUUGAUCAACCUAUAG